GUUCUACCCCGACUCGGCUCAAGCUCAGUUCCGUUCUAGUGAUCGAUAAGAGUUGGCUGGAUUAACCGGUGAUGGGUUCCCCCAGUUGGCUUGGCACUCCCAAGUGGAUGCAGAUUCCGUACGAGGAUAAGCGCAUCCUGUCGUACCUGGUCGGGACGCUGACGACCAUUUUCGGGACGGUUUUGUACGCCCUGCUGGUGACGCAAAAGUUGGACGGAUUUGACGACGGGAUUUGUGCGUCGUUCUCGUACGUGAACAACUUGGAAAUUCCACUGCUGGCGGUGAUUUUGCUGGUGUAUUACGUCGUUACUGGGGUGUUCCUGUGGGGAGUGUGGAAGGAAAGUCCACGCCUCAUCUUACCAUUCUUCUGCCUACUGGUGGCCACGCUGGGCUUCAUCGGCCAUGCCCACAUUGAACGGAUGCUGUUUGAAGUCAACCAGGACGAACGAAGGCUGGUGAUUGGCGCGUUUGUCUUCACCACUGGAGUACUGAUUUUUGCUAGCACAAUCACACUGCUGCUUUACAGAGAGAUGCACCAGAUCACAGAAAGAUUCGACAAGACCGAAUAUCAGGAGCUGUCGACAGCUGAAAUUGUUGAUAGACAUUGAUGUUGGUGAAACCCAAAGCUUGCGAUUAUCUCAGUCUUUAAAUAAUUAUAUCAAAAUACAUGUUGACAGUGAAAUGAACAU